AUGAAGCCUUCAAGACCACCUGUUUGCACAAUAGCAAACCCAUAUAUCGUUUAUGAUUAAAGAGUAUCCAGACCAAACUCUACUAAGAAUGCUACUGAUACUCGAUAAGUUAUUAGAUGCCUAUCUUCUAAUCAUGAGACUCAAUAAGUGACUUAUGCCUACUUUCCAACAUAACCAAGGUACUUUAUUUUAUAAAAUUAGAGCUUAAAGUCCAACUGCUAUAACUCGAAUUCCUCAUCAAGAACAUAUUGUUGUUAAUUAAUUUCAAAAUUUGCCUACUGAGAGUAUUCCGAUGCAACAUAAAAAAGCUAUUAGUAUGGAAUAUAAUCCUCUCCAAUAAGAACAAUAAUAGAAAUAUAUAUUAGAAAUCAAUUAAAAAAAUUAAGCUAUUCUUGAUUUAUAAGAAUAGGUUUCUGAAUUGUAAAAUAGAUUAUCUGAAAAAGUUCAUGAUUAUUCAUCUUUGAAAGAUAAAUUUGAUAUUGAAUUCAAAAAGUUUUAGGAGGAAAUUUAAAUAUAAAUAAAAGGAAUAGAUCUAAAUAUUUAACUUAAUGAAUAUACUACUUAUUUUAUGUAAGAAAUUGAUAGAAAAGUACUCAAUUUAUAAGGUAAUAUAAAUUCUUAAAUUGAUGAAAUGAAAGCAGAUUUAGAAAAUAAACUAAAAUAAAAUGAAAAUUUAUCAAAAAAUCUACUGUCUAAUACUACAAUUAGAUUAAAUUAAGAUGAAUAACACUUUUAAUAAGAACUUUAAAUUUUAUAAAAUAAAUUAGAAUUAAAACUAGAUAGAAAUAGAGCUGAAUAGAUUAUUACUUAAUCAAUUACAAUCAUGUAAUAAUAAUAUUAAACUUAAUUAUAAUAAGCUCAUUAAAUAAUUGCUAAAAUUAAUUCAGAUAAAAGUGAUGAACUUAAUAAAAUUAAAACAACUAUUAAUAAUUAUUUAAUAUAAGUUAAUUAAUAAGCAUAAAAUUAGAUUGAAACAAUGUUAGAAAUGGUUAAAGAAAAUUCUAACAGUUAAUAAACUGCAAGAUAAAAUUCUUAAUAACUUAAAUAAUAAUACAAUUCUCUAGUUUCUAAGUUUUCUUAAAUUUAAUAAUAAUUUACUUUAAAGAUUUAAGAAAAGGAUGAAAAAAUAAAAGCAAUUUAAAAAUAAAAUGAUGAACUUAAGAAAGAGAUUGAAUAGUCUUAAUUAAUAAUUUAAAAAUAAUAAUAGGAACUAUAUAAAAUAUCAUAACAUAAUAAAAUUAUGAAAUCUCCUUGUGUAUAAUAAAUAUUAUCUCCUAAAAAUAUAAAAUCAAAUAGUUUUUACACAAAUUCAACUAGUGCUGGAUUGAAUUUUACAAAAAAUGGACCUUAAAGUGUUUCUAAAAAAUUGAAAAAAUAACCAAAUCCUCAUCAUUUUGAAAUUAGCUUAGAAGAUUUUGUAGAUUUUAAUGAAAAUUCAAUUUUAGAUUCUAAUGAUAGCAUAGAGUUUAUAACUGGAGAUAAUAAAUCAAGUAGAAUUCAAUCACCUAAAAAUCCUUUUAAAUCUUCAUAAUUAAUUAAUAUCAAUAGAUUAUUGAAUGAAGAUUUUACAAAAGCACCAUAAAUUGGAAAUGCCAAUAAGAAAUAAUUAGAAAACAUAUCUCCUUUACAUUAAGCUAUUAAAAGAAGUAAUAUAUGUAUACUAAUACUAGGAUUACUUUAUUUAGGUAAAUCAUAAAAGACACUUCUUUGUACAUAUUCUGGAGAGUAAUUAUGUGAUGCAGAAAUGGGUAUGCAACUUUUAGAUGAUAAUGGAAAACCAUUCAUCAUUAAUGAAGCUGAAAAGAAUGAGCUAAUAGCAAGAUAACUUAUAACACUUAUUUGAUUAUUAUUUAUUUUAUAC